UUAGCUAGCUAGCCAGCCGGCCGGCUAUAUUAGCAUCGUGCUAACAACACACGGGUUUGCGACUCCUUGAAAGGACUAGUGACCUCUGUUGGGCUAAUAUUACCUGAAAACAUCUUGUUAAUCUGUCGACGGUUAAAAAAAAAAAAAAAAAAUGGACGCCUGUGAAUGUGUUUUAUCGGCGGGCAGGGCCGUGUUGGACAUGGUAGAGCGGGAGUGGCAGCCUCUGUCUGCGGGCGAGCUGGAGCACAGGCUGGACCAGGCGGUGGAGGAGAUCCUGGAGGCACAGCUCCUGGCAAAACUAGAAAAGCAGCCUCCUCCUCCUCCGACUACUACUACUACUACUACUACUAUUUACGUACAGUUACUGCAGAAUCAGGUGGGGCCCCAAGUUUUACACACAGCAACAGCAUCCAGUCCACCUGAGCAGGAGGAAGAGAGGGAAGAGGAGGCUGUAGAGUCCCAGGAGUGGGUUGAUACCGUGGACAGUCCAGCAAUUAAGUACAUCUCAGACCUGCUUCAUAGCUCAAAAUCCAGGACACGAAUGGCUGGACGGGCUCGCUUAUCCAUGUCCCACACUGUCCUCCUGUCUCUCACGUUGCUGUCCGAGCGAGUCAGCUACCGCACUGUGUCUCGCCGCUUCCAGCUGGAGAAAGGAAACAUCCACAGGAUCUUCUUUUCUUUCUGCCAGUGCAUGAACAUGCUGGAGGAGAGGCACAUCACAUGGCCAGUGGGCAAAGAGGCUGUAGAGGCACUUUUCCCUUUGUCCAGUCUACUAGGAAAAGAGGAAGGAGGACAAGAUGUUCCUCAGGUCCUGGGAGUGUUGGGACACACCCGGAUCCUUAUCCGCCUGCCUAUAGGGAAACAUGAUGUAGAGAGCACAGUACCGGAGGUGAAGAGAAUGAAGAUGGAGGCCCAUCCUGACUCUUGGUUAAACCUUGAGCUUGUGUGUGACAUUAGAGGCCGGUUCCUACACUGCAGAAUCAGUAAAGGAUCAGAUGUGGACAGAGGAAGGGCUCUGAGAGACAAACUUAAACAGCACCCUGAGCUCAUGCCUCCUGGCUCCUGCCUUGUAGCCAGACCUGGUUACCCACUCACUGAUCAGAUUUUAACCCCGUACACAGGAAGUCUUGGACCAAGAGAGGAGCUCUUUAACAAGACACUGGAGGAGCAUUUUCAGAUCCUAGAUCAGGCUGUUGCCAAUCUUAGAGCCAGGUUUCAAAGGCUCAGGUAUCUGGAUAUUGGAAACUAUGACCGAGCCAGAGCUGUUGUGCUGACCGCCUGUGUGUUGCAUAAUGUGUUUCUGGAGCUAGGACAGGUGGUUCAAGGAGAGAAGGAGGAAUCCAUAACUCAAGAGGGAGAAGUAGAGGUGGAUGAUGAGGGUGUACGCAGACGUGACUCCAUUACAGAUUUUCUGUUUAAAAACUUUAAUCCUGGAAAUCCAUGAACAUUUCAAUUUGUUAAUAAACUUAUUCAC